AUGGCGAGUGGAGUGUCUGCAGAGGCUGCGCGAAACUGGGAACUGCUUUCGAUUGUUGGCGGGCGCCGCCAUCUUGGUCAGUGAGCUUGCGAGUGGCUGUACGACGAGGUGUACGUAUUUCAGUGAAACGAGUAUUUCGUGCGAUUUCCCUGAAACCCUUCGUCUACCCGUGAAAUCCACGAGCAUCCAAGAUGUCGGAACGGGAGGACAACGUUUACAAAGCGAAAUUGGCGGAGCAGGCGGAGCGCUAUGACGAAAUGGUAGAGUCGAUGAAGAAGGUCGCUUCGCUGGACCUGGAGUUGACCGUCGAAGAGAGGAAUCUCCUCUCUGUCGCAUACAAAAACGUAAUCGGGGCGAGGAGAGCUUCCUGGAGAAUAAUCUCGAACAUCGAACAAAAGGAGGAGAACAAGGGCGCCGAGGGGAAACUGGAGAUGAUUCGUCAGUACCGAUCUCAAGUAGAAAAAGAACUCAAAGACAUCUGCGCCGAUAUCCUCGGGGUUUUGGAUCAGCAUCUGAUACCGUGUGCGUCCACCGGCGAAUCUAGAGUCUUCUAUUAUAAAAUGAAGGGCGAUUACCACCGUUACCUAGCCGAAUUCGCCAUUGGUAACGACAGGAAGGAGGCGGCAGAGAAUUCCCUCGUUGCUUACAAAGCAGCCAGCGACACUGCUAUGACAGAUUUGCCACCGACUCAUCCCAUCCGCUUAGGAUUGGCACUCAACUUCUCUGUGUUCUAUUAUGAGAUUCUCAAUAGCCCCGACAGAGCGUGCCGCCUGGCGAAGGCAGCCUUUGACGACGCGAUCGCGGAAUUAGACACCUUAUCCGAGGAGAGUUACAAGGAUUCCACCCUCAUCAUGCAGCUCCUCAGGGACAACCUUACUCUCUGGACGUCGGAUAUGCAAGGAGACGGAGAGGGUGAACAGAAGGAGCAGUUGCAAGACGUGGAAGAUCAGGACGUAUCGUAACUCUAACUGUAGUGAGUGUUACAUUGCGCAUAUAAAACUGAGACACAAGAAAACAAAAAAACUCUUAAUAACUUGUAAGCAAAAGAAAACAAUUCAGCAGGUGGCAGUUCGGGGUGGGAAGGGGAGAUCUUUAGCGAUUGCGUGACCCUAAGCACGCACGUACGGUUACUCCAAACAGAAAAAAAAAUCAUUCGAUAACACGCAUUGAGUUACGGAGCACGCAGAAAGUAACAAGCAAAGGACACGCACCCUGCGGUAAUAGAGAGACUGCAAAAAGCAUUUAGAGAGGCACUAUUCUUUGCCUUCUUCGCGUAUCGAGAAGAUAAAAAUGCUGUCUUUACACUUGUGCAUGCCCGAUCGAAAAAUUACGUGGACGAUGUCGAGAACCUGUGUCGAGUGGACGCCGACCGACUGCGUAUAUGUCAUCCAUAAUAAAAAAAAAACAAAAAGAGAGAGAGAGAGAGAGAAAGAAGUAUGCGCCAGUCCAUCGGGACCGAUCCGAUCCCCUCACUUUUAUCGGUUUCAGUGAGUGAGAAUGAAUUAACGAUGUCCCAUACGUUUCACCAAAUAGCGAAACAUGCUGAUGCUCGACGUCGAUCGAAGUGCAUUAUUGUGUUCGUUUGUUUACCCUCCUAAAUCAAUCUCCUCCUCGUCCUCUUCCCCGCUUUUUUACUGCGCGCAUGAUCGUUCUCGCAUACUAUAAUAAAUAACGAUGUUAAUUGUAUGCGUGUAAAUCGAGUGUAAAUCAUCUGUUUAUCCAUGGAGGAACAAUCCAAGGAUAAAUUCUCCUCAGGUCGAAGGGACGUGGUUGUCUGCCCUGGCGUAUACAGUCACGGUCGCCAACCACGUGUCUUCGUUUCUGCUUUCUGUAUAAGAUAUUACGAAUGUACUUCCGAACGAAGUCCGGUUCAAGUAAUUUCAUACAUAGUUGGAGCAUGAGUUUUCGUGUAGUGUCGUUAAAAGAAUUUAUGGAAAUGCGCUUACGCGAAAGCGUCGUACUUAAUGCAAUAACAUCAGUAUGGCCCGAGAAAGAAAGAGGAGAGAGAGAGUCUGGCUUUCGCGAAUGAAAUUUUGCGUUGAAAUAAAUAUAUAUUCGAAACCGAGCGAAAUAAACAGUAUCAUCUUCGACGCGUCGGACGUUCUUUUCACUCACUUCUCUGCACUCCUCUGCGACGAGAGUGAGAAUUUAUUUUUUUUUUUUUUUUUUAAUCUACGAGAAGCAUGGAAAAGAACAUAUUGUGGUAGAUGAGCUUUUUUUAAAACAAACAAAAAAAAAAUUACGUUUCACGAAAAAAACAUGAAAAGGAAACAAGUAGCUGUCUAGCUAGUCUGUAAUUGUGGUUGUACUUUUUCAUACGCCCCCCCAUUGUGUAAAACUAUAAACGAUCGCUGUGGUAUAACGAAUUACAGAAUAAACGAUUGUAUCCCGACUUUGUUCACCCGCGCUCACUUUCGCUAUCACUCUCCUCGAUUCCACUGUAUCUUGGUUGAUAUCUGCCCGUGGCGUCCGUUCACCUUUUUAUCGAUGAACCGUUUCCGGCGACUUCCGUUUCUAAACAUUCCAGCGACUUUAGACGAUUUGUUCGUUAGUCUCACGCGAAAUUCGUUUGCGCAUGUUAACGAGGUAAGCUUAGCGAUACGACAUCGACCAUUUAUUUAUUCGUUAGAGUAGACGGUGACGGUCAGAAAUUUUCGACGCCAACUUCUGCAAACACAACAUUGAUGUAUCCGCGACGAAACUAACCUUCUGCUACGUAAUAUGCCCGAUCGAGAACUUCUAUCGUUUAGAUCGACCAUUAUUUAACUCGUAAAUACGUAAAUAACCAAGGGAUAAUUCCUUUAGCGUAGAAACCAAGAGUUGGACAAACUUUACACUUUAGAGUUAUCAACAAAUUGCUGACCGCCACUGUAUACUGGUAGCAGAACCGUGCGAAUCUUUGGGACUCGUACGAUUUUCUUGCAAUGGCGAUGAGGAUGAUCGUGAUUCGUGUAAGCGUGCAGCAAAAAAGCGAGGUGUAUUAACGUAAAAAGGCGAAGGGAACGCGCAGUAUCGAGCUCUGCCUAGAAAUCGGGGUGCAUCGUGCCCCUGUAUUUAGGUAUUAAAAACGAUAAAAAUUGAUAAUCAUGUUAUAAAGUACGUUACAAAGAAUAACUCAAAGUAAUAUCAACGGCACCGUAAGUAAGUAUAUGCGAAUAAUUAUAAGAGCGUAAAUUAGAGUAUCGUGGAAAACCGAUUGAUGCGAAUCGUUCUAAGCGAUAUUGGAGAGAACAGUUUUGAAGAACAGUUUGUAUCGUCGAAGAGAGUUCGAAGCAAUUAAAAUCGCAUGGGAGAUAGAUACGAAGGUAAUGGGAACUGUAUGAAAAAGGAUGGAGGAACAGUGAGAGCAUAAGGAAAAAAACCGGAACCAUCAGCUAUGAGUUGAUACGUGUAACGUGCAUUAAACGCCACGCGUACGAGCGACAAGUCUUGGAAAAUUUAGGUACAAUAAAAACUUGUCAGCGGCAACGAAUGGCGUAGUGAAUUCCAAACGACGAUAAACUGUGAGAUACCUCAUCCAAUUACUUGCUUACACGAUGGAUUAAAAACAAGAUGAAGCAGCCCAACGCGAUAAUAUUAUUGUCGUCUACGAUAUAGCGUGACUCAAACAAUAAAAAUGAAAAAAAUAAGAAAACGUAGUGUUUCCGGCUAAAAAUAAAAUUAUAGGUAGUCAUCGAUAUCUGAGUUGUCCGUAGGAGUUAUCGAAGAAGAUAGACGAUCGGUGUAUCGAUUGAGACCGCUUUUUAUCCUUUAUCCAGUAUCGUUGUGCGUGCUUAGUCGAUUUUUAUAAAGACACAUCUAUUAUUCCAUCUCUUGCUAGAUGUACUAUUUGCCUCUCUUGUCUCUCUGUAUAAUAAUAUUAGUUGUAUCUGUAAUUAUCUUCGGAUCAUUCCAUCUUGUCGCUAACCCAAUUCACGAGCGAAUAAUUAGACCUGGAUAUCAAAAUUUAUCGUCAUUUGGAGGAGGGGCUAAAUCUGUCUUUUUUUGGAUUCGCAUGCGUUUCCACGCUCUGUUCUACUACAAUCAAUGCGAUUACACCGGAUACGACCUUUUUCUGUAAAACCACACACGUGAAAGCUACAAAUAAAGUAAUUACAACUCUCUA